AUGUCCUCCGCAGAACCAAAAGUAGAGAAGGAGGCCGGCCCGCCCGCCGAGGUCGCCACGCCUCCGCCUGAGGAAGAGAAGAAGAAGCGCGAGUACAAGGACUUCGGUCACGACGAAGACAAGGGUCCCUCCCAUGCGCUUGUUGACAUGUCCCAGAUUGAGCUCAAGGCUGAGGACUUGUACGACAAGGAGAAGGUCGACAUCGAGACCGUCGCUGUCGAGGACGUCUUCAAGCUCCUCCAGUGCGACGACCAGGGUCUUUCCGGCGAGGAGGCUACCCGCCGCCUCGAGAUUUUCGGUCCCAACAAGCUCGAGAGCGAGGAGCAGAACCCCUUCCUCCAGUUCCUCUCGUUCAUGUGGAACCCGCUGUCCUGGGUUAUGGAGGCGGCGGCUCUCGUCGCCAUUGCCUUCUCGAACGGUGGCGGCACCCCGCCCGAUUGGGAGGACUUCGUCGGUAUCGUCCUCCUGCUCUUCAUCAACUCGGGUAUCGGUUUCUACGAGGAGCGUGGCGCCGGUAACGCUGUCAAGGCUCUUAUGGACUCGCUUGCGCCCAAGGCUAAGGUUCGCCGCGAUGGCACCUGGUCGGAAAUCGAGUCGUCUAUUCUCGUCCCCGGUGACAUGAUCUCGUUCAAGAUUGGUGACAUCGUUCCCGCCGACUGCCGUCUCACCGAGGCCAUCAACGUCUCCAUCGACCAGGCCGCUCUUACUGGCGAGUCGCUCCCCGUUGGCAAGAAGGACGGCGACCAGUGCUUCUCCGGCUCUACCUGCAAACAGGGUGAGGCUGAGGGUGUCGUCAUCUCUACCGGUCCCAACACGUUCUUCGGUCGCGCUGCGUCGCUCGUCGGUCAGGAUGACGACUCUACCGGCCACUUGCAGAAGAUUCUCGCUCAGAUCGGCUCUUUCUGCUUGGUUGUCAUCGGCAUCUUCGUUGUGGUUGAGAUCCUCGUACUCUACGCCGGCUUCCGCUGGUCGUACCGCCGUGGUCUUAACAACAUCCUGGUCCUCUUGAUCGGUGGUAUCCCGAUUGCCAUGCCCACUGUCUUGUCCGUCACGCUCGCCGUCGGCGCUCAGCAGCUCGCCAAGCACAAGGCUAUCGUCACCCGUAUCACGGCUAUUGAGGAACUCGCUGGUGUCACCAUCCUGUGCUCCGACAAGACCGGCACGCUCACCACCAACAAGCUCACCAUCGACCGCUCGACGAUCAAGACCUACGGCCCCUUCUCCGCCGACGAUGUUAUCCUUCUCGCUGCCUACGCUUCGCGUACCGAGAACCAGGACGCUAUCGACGCCUCUGUCGUUGGUGCUCUCGGUGACAACGCCAAGGCCCGCGCUGGUAUCAAGCUUCUCGACUUCAAGCCCUUCAACCCCGUCGACAAGCGCACGGAGAUCACCUACCGCGAGGAGUCGUCUGGCAAGCUCAAGCGUGUCACCAAGGGUAUGACCGGUAUCAUCAUCGAACUCUGCUCCCGCAACAAGACCGAGGAUGUCGAGAACCGUCUCGAGGCCGACGUCGAGGAAUUCGCUGCCCGUGGUCUCCGUGCUCUUGCGGUCGCAUACGAGGAGGUUGAGGGCGAGGACCCUGAGGGUGAGGGCAACGGCUUCGAGCUUAUCGGCCUGCUCUCGAUCUUCGACCCGCCCCGCGACGACACCAAGCAGACUAUCGACGACGCCAUGGCUCUCGGUGUUAAGGUCAAGAUGGUUACCGGUGACCAGCUCGCUAUCGCGAAGGAGACUGGCCGUCGUCUCGGUCUCGGCGACCACAUGUACCCGUCGAAGGUUCUCAAGGAGGGUCCCCCGCCCGGCACGAAGUACCGCUCGCUCGACGAGAUCAUCAUGGACGCCGACGGUUUCGCUGGUGUCUUCCCGGAGCACAAGUUCGAGAUUGUCAAGCGCCUCCAGGGUCUCGGCCAUCUUUGCGCCAUGACUGGUGACGGUGCCAACGACGCCCCCGCUCUUUCCCGCGCCAACGUCGGUAUCGCCGUUGAGGGUGCCACUGACGCCGCUCGUGGUGCCGCCGACAUUGUCCUCACGGAGCCCGGUCUUUCGACGAUUGUGCACGCCAUCCGCGGCUCGCGUAUCAUCUUCCAGCGCAUGCGCAACUACGCCAUCUACGCCUGCGCCGUCACGAUCCGUAUCGUCGUCUGCUUCGCCAUCCUUGCCUUCUGCUACAAGUUCGAGUUCCCGUCGUUCAUGGUUCUGAUCAUCGCCCUCCUUAACGACGGUACCAUCCUCACGCUCUCGGUCGACCGCGUCUUGCCCUCCAACACCCCUGACUCCUGGGACUUGGCAGAGAUUUUCGCCUACGCCAUCGCGUACGGUCUCUACCUUACCCUGUCGACGAUCGCCCUUGUCAUCAUCAUCAAGGAGACGACCUUCUUCCAGGACAAGUUUGGUGUUGCGCUCACCACGCCCUUCCCCAUCGACUCGAACGACAAGCAGUUGCACUCGAUCAUCUACCUCCAGGUUGCCAUCAUCUCGCAGGCGCUCAUCUUCGUCACCCGUUCGCACGGCUUCUUCUUCAUGGAGCGCCCGUCGUACGCUCUCAUGUGCGCGUUCUGCUUGGCUCAGCUCGUCUCAACGAUCAUCGCCGUCUACGCCGACUGGGGCUUCACCGACAUUGAGGGUAUCUCCGGUGGCUGGGUUGGUAUUGUCUGGAUCUGGGACAUCAUCUGGUUCCUCCCGCUCGACUUGAUCAAGUUCGCCAUGAAGGCUACCCUUAUCAAAUGGCUCCACGCCCGCCACGAGCGUCAGGCCGCCAAGGAGAUCGCUGCUCAGGCUGAGGGUGUCCCGCUCACGCGCACCCAGUCCCGCGCCGCAUCCAUCAACCAGAGCUUGUACUCCAACCGCACGAACUUCAUCCGUCGCGCAGUCCGCAAGGUCGGGUUCGGCGGCCGUGUCCGCGUCAAGCCCGAGGAGCUCCAGCGCUUCAGCAGCAUCCAGGCCGCACAGACCGGCGCGACGCUCCAGCGUCACCCCUCGCGCCCGGCUGCAUAG